ACGCAGGCUCAAUUUUUCUCUGGGAUUUUGCUUUGGAGAUUGCAAUCAUUCAAUACUUCAUAUCUUCAGUUUAACUAAUGUGGCGAAUUCUCAAAACUUCACCAACUUAAAAGCCCCAAAACCAACGCACUUGAAGUAUCGAUGGCGCAGUAUGCUUCAGGGUAUACUACAUCUCAUGCAAACUACAGGUAUGGUGACCAUUAUGACUAUCAGCAGUCCCAACCUGUGAUGCUCCUAGAUCAUAUAACACAGCUUAUGAUUCUGGCUAUACGCAACCACCCAUGCCCAUAUACCAUUCACCACCCCCUGAUGAUUCUGGUAUUGAUCCUGCUCAUAUCCAUGAAGUUCAUCAGUUUGUUAGUGAUGCCCGCUCAGCCUGGGAAGAGAGUAGCUCAUAUAUAAAAGAUGGCCAACAGUUUGGUGGAAGGGAUUCCUAUGCACCAGAUUCUGGUGUUGGUUAUCAUCCUCGUGAGCAUACUUCUCCAUAUAGGGACAGCAUGGAUGAUACAUCCAUGACACACAUUAAAAUAGUUGAUAGCUUUAGCACUGAAACAAGUGAUGAUUUUUAUCCUCGCGAAAAUUUUGAUCACCACUAUGAAACAGUUGGAUUUUCAGACUAUAGAGGUGUGCCUCCUACUAGAGCUAAUCGUAUAAUGAGGGGUCAACCUCUGGUUAGAAACAGACUAUCUCACAGAGGAGGUCCUCCACCUAGAGGAAUCCAUAGAUAUGUUGCCAGUCAGCAAGUAAGGAGUGAUUAUGAUGGAACUGAUGGCUAUCAGCGAGGUGGGAUGAUGAAUAGAGGUGCUAGUAGAAGUAGAGGACGUGGGGCUAACUUUAACGUAAGUGGUGCAGAAAGACGUCGUGGACUAAAUCGUGGUGGACAAAGUCGCGGUAGACUAAGUCGUAGUAGACAAAGUCGUGGUGGAGUAACUCGUGGUGGUCAAAGUCGCGGUGGACAAAGUAAAGGUGGUGAUAAUCAUGUGCAUAAUAACAUUGGAGGUGGUAACGUAAGGCGCGGACGAUAUCAAGCAGGAAACAGAGGAAGAGGACAAUCUAGUAGACGAGGAAGUGAAGACCAAGGACGUGGACAAUCACGUGGCGCCGGUAGUACAAUGGGUAGAGGAUUGAUUCCGGAGAGUAUGAUCCCCGAUGUCACCCCUAUAGGUGAAGCGAAUGAAGUCACAGGAAGAGGUGGACAAAAUAAUGGUAUUCGUAGGGGUCAAGAUAACAACAGAGGUCAACAUAGUGGUGCACGUGGUAGAGGACAAAAAAGCAAUGCUACCAGGGGUGGUGCCAAAAUGGUAAAACCAUUUAAGAUGCCACAACCUGACGCUUCAGGAUAUAUAUCGUAUAAAAAUAGUCUACAGGAGUACGCCCAGAAGAACCAUCGACCUAUACCUAACUACACCUGCCAGAAAGCAGACGUCGGCUACACGGCAAGUGUGAUGGUGGAUAAUAUGAUGUUUUCCAGUUUACAAUCACAGAUUGAGAGAAAGGAAGCUGAACAAAGUGCUGCGUUUGAAGCUUUAAAGGCGUUCGGCUUCAUUGAUUAUAAUGAAACGUUUUCCCCGAAAUUCAGCGGUAAAGGAAAGAAGAGGUCGAUGGACGAAGCUAACGAAGGAACACCUGCUACCAAAAUGAUGAAACAGGAGACGCCAGAAAACACCGUUGUCGCAGCCGUUCAAUCGUUCAAAAGCAAGCUGAACGAAGCCAUUAUGAAAUGGAAGCUAGACCUUCCUACUUAUAAUACUGUGAGGACGGCUGGAGGAUUUUUAAGCACGCUCGUUUUUAACGGCCAAGUGUAUGAGGGCGUUCAGGUUUAUGGAACGAAAAAGUUGGCCGAGCAACAUGUUGCCGAGAUCGUUUAUAAUCAAGUGGACUUGAAGGCUGAAGCCAAUGCAAGAGAAGGUCGUAUAUCAGCAGCUCGUCAAGAUGCAAGCCUAAACGCAGGCGAUACAAAUGUGCCCGCAGUACCGACCACUGCGCCGGCUGCGGGCAUCAGUGAGAGCCCAAAUCCUGUGGCUCCAAAAAGCAAACCGUUGAAAAAUAUUGUCCAAGAGUAUUGUCAACAGAAUGGUUUAAAGUUACCCGUAUAUAACACUGUCAAAGACUCCGGCAUGUUUAUUGCGACAGUGAACGUGAACGGUGUUGAUUAUGUUGGCACCCCACACAUCAUGAAGAAAACCGCUGAAAAUAAUUCGGCCAAGAAGGUGUGCGAAUCUCUUGGCCUGAAAUAGACGCUUCAAACUUUUUAUGACUUACCAUGAAACUGUUGAUUGAUGUAUUAAUUUAAUGCACCAUAUUAUAGUGCAAAACACAUUGUAAUAUGGUGUAUCAAAGAAUAAACUUCGCCUAUGUCUACCUCGCAA